AUUUGAGACAGCAAGAAUGGCAGCCAGCAGCACCUCCCGCGUCGCGAUCGUCACGGGCGGCUCCAAAGGCAUUGGCGAGGCCUGCGUCGUGAAGCUCCUUAGCCAAGGCUACAAGGUCUACAACCUCGACAUUGCACCGUCGGCAAAUGGCAUCUUUGUCGCUUGCGACGUGAGCUCCGUCGCGACCGUCGAGGCUGCGGUCGCUGCGAUCGUGGCCGACAACGGUCAUGUCGACUGCCUCGUGGCCAACGCCGGCAUCUACUUUAGCGCGACGAUCGAAGAGACGUCCGAGGCCGACCUUGACCGCAUCGUCAACCUCAACAUCAAGGGCGCGUAUGCGGCCAUCAAGGCGACGCUGCCUUCGAUGAAGGCGCGCAAGAAGGGCGCGAUCAUCGUCAUGUCGUCGGACCAGGCCUUUGUCGGCAAGAAGAACUCGUUCGCGUACAACCUCUCCAAGUGCGCGCUGGCGUCCAUGGUCCGCACGACGGCGCUGGACUAUGCGCCGUUCAACAUUCGCGCCAACGGCGUGUGCCCCGGCACGAUCGAAACGCCACUGUACCACCGCGAAAUCAACCUCUGGGCCGAGGCGUCCGGUACACCGUUGAAGGACAUUGAGGCGAGCAUGGCAGCACUCCAGCCGCUCAACCGCGUCGGGCAGCCCUCGGAAGUCGCCAACCUCGUCGCCUUCUUGGCGAGUGACGAAGCGUCGUUCAUCACGGGCAGCCUCCACUCGGUUGACGGCGGCUACGUCGCCCAGUAAGCUUUUCAUGGGCAUGGAUGGCGUCCUGCAUGUAAAUGUAAUAGUACGUCGUGUUUCGCAA